AGGAAAUAGUAAUGAGGUAAAAGCACACGAGAGAAUAUUCUGGGAGGUCUGGCGAUGGAGGCGCAUGUUUGCCCUCUCCCACUCGGGGAAAGGGUGGAAGCUGUGGAUGAUGACGAUGAGGUCGCUUUGAUCCUUCACUUGGGCUGCGAGCAAACACAUAUUCAAGAGACCGAAGCUCGUCCCCUCAAGGAAGAAAGGAGGAAAAUUUUCUUGACAAGAAAUGUGCCCCCGUGCUUCCGAUCUCUGCUCGUGGAUCUCCAGAGGGAUGGAAAAGCUCGCAAGCGGAAGCUCUUCAAUCGGGGCAACGAUGGAAACUCGAAGGUUCUCAAGACUUUCCAGCGGCGGAAGAAAGCCGAGAAAGCCACAGCUCCUCCUCCGGCAGAGAAUCCAUCGCCAGCUUCUUCGAUCAAAGCGAUCCGAUAUGAUCGCACACCACCACCAUCUUCUUCGUGCUCGCGCCUCCGAACCGGCGGUUUCACAUACCGCAAGGCCUGGGUGUUUGAUCUUCCCAUCCUCAAGGAGCGGCGAGCUCUGGAUCUCCUCUCACGCAUGGGACUGGAGAGAUUCGCGAGGGAGCCAGUGCCAGAUCUAGACAAGCCCCUCUGCGACGAGUUCCUCGCCACUUUCGACGUCAAAGCCGCGAGUGGGAUCGUCCAAGGAAAGGUGGUGGUGGUGGACGCCGCGAGCGUGGCCGAGGCUACCGGGUUACCGCUCGGUGACGAUGAGAUAACGCUGGGAGCUCCGAGCAAGGCCCAGGAGCUGGCGCUCCGAAAGGUGAUGACCGAUGCCAAGGAGAAGAGGACGCGGGGCUACUCGAUCCAGCACUUGGCGUUUGGAGAUCACGUCCAGGAGAUGCAAGCCAUCGCGACCAUGCUCAUGGCCAAGCUCGAGUGUAAGAACGAUUCCUACCAUCUCCUCUCGGCCGAGAUGGUGCUGGCGCUGGACAAGUCGUACAGGAUGGGAGUUAAGAUGCGAUGGGCGGAGUUCCUGGCGAGGAUGAUCGUCCGUGCCACGGCCACCAUCGCCAUCACCAAGAGCAAAGGAAGGAGGCUCGCGUUUGAGUAUGGAGAGUGGCUGACCAAGAUCAUCAGGAGCAAGCUCGGCGAGAGUGAUGAGCCUCGCGGUACGAUGACGCUGUCAAGAGUUUGCGUAGAACAGGGAAGAACAAGCGAAGAAAAGCAAGGAACAAGCGAAGAACAGCGAGAACAACAAGGAACCAAUGAAGAACCGGGAAGAACAAGCGAGGAAGUUGAAAGGGAUCAAGAAACUCUCGAAGCUAACAAGAAUGGUGACGCUCAAAUUCUCGAAGUUAAGGAGAAUGGUGACAUCAGGAACGAGGACCUGGAAGCACACUCUCAAGAACAAGCGAUGGAGAUCGAAGUCCAGGACGUAAACACCAGAAAAGAACCGGAAGAAGAUGGAUCGAACGCUGGAAAGAUGGUAACCGAGGAUGGAGCUAGCGGUGACAACAGGAACGAGGAGCUCGAGAACCUGGAAGCACACUCUCAAGAGCAAGCGAUGGAGAUCGAAGUCCAGCCGCCACAGGAGGACGUAAACACUAGAGAAGAACUGGAAGGAGAUGGAUCGAACGCUGGAAAGAUGCUAACCGAGGAACGAGACGCUGGAGCUAGACUCUCCGUAGAGAAACAAGACGCUGGCGUUCAAACCAUGACAAGCGGGGACGAUCUAGUGACACAGCAAAGGCUGGAGAUUCGACGUCUACGGGCGGAACUGCGAGAGAUACUACGCCGAGACACCGAGGCGAGGAAGAUGAUAUCCUCCAUGAAGACUGCCUACGUCAAGUUCAAGCAAGAACUCGCGGAACUGAGAGCCAAGACGACACUGCCAGAGCCUACGAACGAGUGAUCUAGCUAGCGAUGCAAAAAUCAAUACACGUCUUAAAAAUCUUCCAAGAAACGACGACAAAGAGACGACUCUUCCUUCUCUCCUCUCUCUCGUGAUGACAUGGUAUUGCACUGGACAAGGAAGUAAAAAUUCUCUGCGAGAACCCGGCUAUGCC